AUGACGCGAGCUCGAGCAGCCGCCAAAGCAAGCCAGGCCGCUGUCAAGUCAACCAAGAUUGUUACCGCAGCUGCUAAAGCCCGAUCGCUUUCUAAAGCGACAGCAUGCACCAAAAGUACUGCUGCGAAGAGAAAGACCAGAUCUGAUGAGAAUGACGAAGGCGACGACGCGAUUGGAGUGUCUGUUGCCCAAAGGACCACGAGAACGGGACUCAGAAAGGCCACCGACGACGAAGAAAGCAGCACUGCGGCCGGCACGACUUCUUCAAUAAACGCAGUGGCGUGUAGAGGAGGCUCCAGAACAGCCACGGCGGAUCCAGCGAAUAAUCACGUUAGCUCAUCUCGACUUCGCGGCCGCCCAAGAAAGACUCCUCUCCAAGAGCCGCAACCAGUGGCCAAGAGAUCGACGCGAACUCGCGCUGGAACGGAUACCAAAACGACUCAAGAAGGAUCUAGAGUCACAGCGAAAAAAAGCGUAAAAUUUGAAGGAGCAGGGAAGGAAAAUCUCAGUCUCUCAUCAAAGGCCAAGGCUUCGAGCAGCAUUGGAGGCCUGCGAGGCCGGCCUACUCGACGUGGAGCUGCCACAAUGUCAAACUCGCAACCAAAGCCCUCUUCCCAAGCUUCCGAGGCCGGCACCAAGAAGCCGUUGAGUCCCAAGAAAGUGACCCAGAUGCCAGUCUCGCGGGACAGAGAAUGCUCAGAUGAUGAGCUGGCUGGAGAUGACCAACUAAGAGCUGUGAUAAGGAGCCCCGCCAAGCCGUCAAUACAUGCGCCCAUCAAUAAGAAAUCAUCUACCGCUACAUACCAACAGCAAGACAAUACAAUUACGCAUAUGGCAGAGGCCGUUGCGCCUUCUGAAGUAAGUAAUUUGGGAUCACCGCCAAGACGGCCACCUACAUCUCUUUCGAAGGAUUCGUUGAUAUCGCCGGCGAAAAGACCGGGUGGCAAAGUUCAAUUACUCGGAUCACUUUUGAAGCCCCGGGCUCUUCCCUCUGGGGACGAUCACGAUCAGAAUCAGUCUUCUCUCCUCCAGUCCCCUGCUAGGAGGCCUUCGUCGCCAAUCAAAGGCUUCAAGCUUCCGUCAAUGACGGCUGGGACGCCGCUUCACGGUCAGCUGUCUCUGAAAAGCUCACUGUUUCAAUCUCCAGCCAAGCGAGCCAUGCCUGGUUUGAGGCCGGUCAACGAGGAAUUAAACGGUAGGAAUGCCGCAUUAAACAGGACUCCCAGGAUGCAACCCAUCGUUGCUUCGAGCUCAAACGCCAGUAGUACUGGCUUGCCUUCGCAGCUCCUUCUCGCUGAAGAGCUUCAGAAUGGAGAGACUGGUAACAUCGGCUACGACCCUUUCACUAGCCAGCCUGACAGUGACCUGUUUCCAGGUCGAAUGUCUGCGGUACUGCCACGCCACGCUGACCUUCUGGUAAAGCAAGAUGAUACCGAGGGUGAAGAUCAUGAUGAAGAACUCUGCCUGACCGGCCGUCGCGCUUCAGACGAGUUCGCAGAGGCUGACAGCUAUGAAGCUAGUCGUGACGACCAGGCAGUCACAGAACCAAGUGACACUAGUAAUGAGAUCAGCGAAGAAGAUGCGAUGGCUCCAGGAGGGAAAGACGCGAGACAAUGCCACACGUCCGAGGCUCAGACCAAUAAUGUGGCCAUUGCAGUAACGCCAGCGACAAAACGAGGAACGAUGUUUCAGCUUCGAGGUAGUGUUCUUGAUGCGUGCCGCGAUUUUGCGUCCGAUUUUGAGUCUGAGGAUGAUUUGUCUCCCUUGAAGCAGCUCCCAGCACAGCAUAGUUGCUCGGAUCGUAUGUUUACGAAUAGGAGAGAAAGUACUCACACGGCUCAAAAGGACUCACGAAGGUCUACCCUUGGUUUGACGUCCUUGACUGAGAAGCUUGGUGCUUGGACAUCGACCAGUCCCACCAAAGUGGCCAUGGAUCACUUCUUUACCGCUCGAGAUAUACAGAACGACCAAUUUCCUUCGUCUACUGCAUCGCCGGAGGUGGCAUUGGAAGCAGGGACUUCGCCCACGAAGAGCAGAUUUUUUGAAGACGAAAUCCUGGUUCAUGCUGAGUUAGAGUCUCCUCGCCAGCAUCCUCAGUCAGAGGGAACUCCGGAUGAUGUUUGCAUGGAGGACAUUAUCAUGACAAAUGAGGAUAUUGCUCUUGCUGCAGAAGCUAAUAACAUGUCGCUCAUGCACCAGAAUGUGGAUGAUGGCCGCGAAAAUCAACAGGCAGAUGAAGCACUCUCAGAAGCUAGCCAGGAAUACGGCGAUGAGAACCAGUUUCCAGACGACACGGUUCUUCCUUCCAGAAGAUAUGUUGCGCCUGUCACACCUAUGCGGCCUUCACAGCAAAAGAGACCUUACUUUACGACGACUAAAGUCCCAUUGAAGCCAGCAGAUGAUUCGGAACCAAGCCCGUCUAAGAAACGGAGCUUUAGUGCGAAUAGUGCUGGUCAGGUGCCUCGGAGCGCCGCAGUUAUCUCAUGUUCUCCCACCCCAAAAGGAAAGAGACGCGCGUCCAUACUUCCUGCUCAUGAUUCUCUCUCAACCCCUGCCAAAGGGGAUCUGUGGCUAGGCGUCGGCACGCCUGGGAAAACCCCUUGUCGAGAUGUCAAACCAGGACUGCUUCGCGGUGCCGUGGUGUUUGUUGAUGUGCAUACUAUGGAAGGUGCAGAUGCCAGUGGCAUUUUCAUCGAGCUUUUGAGCCAAAUGGGCGCCAAAUGUGUCAAGACUUGGAACUGGACUCCCGGCAGCCCUCUCAACGUUGAAGGCGCAUCGUCAAGCAAAGUUGGGAUCACUCACGUUGUAUUCAAGGACGGCGGCAAACGCACCAUGGAGAAGGUUCGGGAAACCAACGGGAUCGUCCACUGCGUCGGCGUUAGCUGGGUUCUAGACUGCGAGCGUGAGAAUGAAUGGCUUGAAGAAUCUCCUUAUUAUAUUGACACGUCGUUCAUUCCUCGUGGAGGUGCUAGGCGUCGCAAAAGCAUGGAACCCAAAGCAAUUGCCAAUCUUAAUGGCACAAUAGUGUCUUGUCUGAAUCAACCGACAAAGGUCUCGAGUACACCUCGAAACCGAAGAGAAAGCACCAUGUGGAUACGCACGCCCUCUGAUCAGGGCGACUCGGAGGACGGGGACCUGGACUGGUCGUGCGCAUUGCUCACUCCCGUUCCCAAGACGCCGGCUCCCGAGGCAAUUGCAAAAUACGCAGCCGAGCUGCCCGAAACGCCAACUACGGAAGUCCCAUCAGGCAUCGCGUCGCCGUCGAGGCAAAGCUUUCUGACAAGAACUUGCCCUCCGAAAGAGGGCAAAUAUCGGGAGUUGGGAGAGGGGAUCCUGAGCCAUGGGAAGGACGAACAGGUAAUGUUGAGGCUCAUGGCAGCAAGACGCAAGAGCCUCCAGUUUGCGCCAAAAAUUGGCAGUCCACUGGCCAAGACCUGGGGGUAG